AUGGUUGCUUCCUCUUCAUCUACUUCUUGGGAGACUCAAAUGGUUUCCCAAGAAGAAAUUAAUGCGUUUCAUACCAUUGAUCGAAACAUCUUCGCCAGGCUUGUUCGGAACCUUCGACGUGAUAUAGGCGAGUCCAUUCACGUGAUGUCUUUCCUCCUUUGGGUUGAACAUGGCGAUAACCCUGCUCGAAACUUGGUUUCCAGUAUUCAACCCUGGUCUGAUACUCUGAUCAAUGCAUUGGCUAAAGAGGCUGUCCUUUGUUUGAAUUGUAUAAAGAGUGAUGAGUUCCCGUUCAAUAAUUUCAAAGACUCCAACUAUCUCAUUCCUUUGAUUCAAGGAUUGACAAAAAAUUGGGCCUCUCUUCAUUUCUUUCAUCAUAAUCGUCUUCGUAUUGUGCCUGAUAUUAUUCAAAAUAUUCAGGAUGUUUGUUUUCGAGCCUUUGGAGAUAUAUUGCAGCAGGCAUCGACUAUUAAUUCAAUGGCUGCCCAACACAGAGUUGAACAAAGUUUGGAGGCAUCAAGGUUUAAUUGUCCAUUGACUAGGCCAACUUUGCCUGUAUUCAACAACUAUAACUCUGAGUUUGGAAUCUUUGGUGAUCAAAACAUGGGAAAUAAGCGAGUUUUCUGGCCCCUUUGGAAUUCAGGCAAUUUGAGUUUUGUCCAAGAAGUUGAUCCUUAUAAUAUCAAGACUCAAAAACAGUCUGUGGAUGAGGAAAUGGAGGAACUGUUGAAUAACAUACACUCCAUUGACAUUAAGGGUUGGGAAGCGAAUAAUAAUAAUAAUAAUAAUAAUCAAGAAGUCCCAGCAGAGGAUAGAACUAUUUUCUUAACAUUUUCUAAAGGAUACCCUAUAUCAGAGAAAGACGUAACAGAUUUCUUCACUAGAAAAUUUGGGGAUAAUUUCAUUGAAAGAGUUGAGAUGCAAGAAGUCCCAAUUGGAGAGCAGCCAUUGUUUGCAAAGUUGGUUUUGCAUUCUGCUUCUAGCCUUGACACCAUUUUGAAUGGCGUACCCAAAGCCAAGUACUCAAUCAAGGGAAAGCACGUUUGGGCUCGAAAGUUUGAGCAUAGAUAUCUUUAAGUCACCAUUCCUAGGUGGAGUAUGGUGUACUAAGGAGUUGCUGGUUGUUUAUAAUAAAUCGUGAUUCUAGUGUAUGCGUGAUUAUGGCACAUUCUUGUUGUAGUGAGUGUGGUUUGUUAUAGUUUGACGUGUUGAAGG